AUGUUGGAACAAACAACCCAAACAACCACAAGUCAUAUCGAAAAACCUGCAAAGCAAUACAACACAAAGAUGGGUCGAUCUACCGAGACACGGCUAUUGCGCAAUCCGAUUACAUUUGAAGAAUAUACACAAGGAAUAUGGUCAGAAGGACUCAUUCACAAUAAGCAAUCACCUCCAAAGGAGCCCGAAAAUGGAAAUUUAUCUCACAUCCAUCUCGCCAAUUCACCUCAGCCUCCAGUGAAAGACACCACAGAAGCAGCAAUAAUCUUAGCAAGGGUUCAGUUCAUGGCAACUAGCUUGGCCGUUGUUUAUUUCCAAUGGACUUCGCAGUUUGAACUUCGAACCUUGAAGUUUCGUAAAUAUCCACUUCCCUCGUCGAUGGAGAAUAGAUUGUUUCUAGAAAGUAUCUUGAAGAAUGAUUGGUGCAAGGAUCAAAAGGAUAGCAGCACGAUGUACUUUUUGAUACGGGAUCUCGAUGGAAAGACCGUGGAAAGGAAGGAAUGUUGGGUGAUGCCUUGUAAAGGAUUAUUGAAACAUGAUGAACCUGGUGGCACUAUUGUUUCGAAAAGGAAGAGAAACUUUGAAGAUGCCAGUACUUUGGGGUGGGAUAUUGCGAAUAGCACAUUAUUUGUCCCAAGUGAAGAGACAAGGCUAUUGAUGGAAAUACGCCAUGGAUGUUGUCCCGCUGUAUCCGAGGCUUUUACAGAUCCGUCAGAUUUUCUCAGUUGCAAUGAGGGGAGCGCAGCUGAAUCGUAUUUCCAAGUAUAG